CGAUCAACGGGCUCGAGCUGAGGGGCGCACGAGAGCAUUUGAGGAUAAUGUACCGAGUGUAAAGAAAAACUGUUAAACUCCGAAAGUUGACGUUGCUUAACGUAGUCAGUGACGUUAAUGGAGUAAAGAAUCCACCCAAGUUCAGAAUGGCCUUUGACGGACAUCAGAGCGCGUUUGCGAAUUCACUCUUUCCAACAUACCAACGCCAGGCCAGUGUGAAUGUAGGCAGUGGAAACAAUGGCAGCGUGGCAUUGCCCUUCGUUGCCGUCCCCAGUGUCUCACUACAGGAGCAGAACACACCAUCCUACCUGCCCUGGUCUCACAAUGCUCAUGAUGAUCCCUAUGGCCUUAUCAACUGUGCCCAGAACAACAUUAAAAUCAGGAAACCCACUGAUAGUACUGACUGUGAAGGGGAGACUGAUCUACAGGGUCUAGUGUCAAAUAUUUUGGAUGAAGCAGAUUCACAGGACAGCUACUACAGUGAAGGGAGCCUACCUACAUGCAAUCCCGUCUGGUCUCCAAAGACACUGAGAGAAGAACUGCUACAGUAUUUUCAUUCAGAGGCUAAAACGCGACAUCCCCCGACCUUUCCCCCAAACUAUGUAUCCCGUGAGACUUUAAGUAAAGCACAGGGACAGUCAGCAGACAGAGAUGUCAAAGAGUUUUAUCAACAGUCCAAUGGCAUUUCUACCAAUCAACAAUGGCUUUUAAAUUUGCCCAAUGGAGACCAGGACAGCUACACCCUCCGUCCUCAGAAACUGCCACCAGGUCUAUCAAUGCCCAACACAGGAAACACCUGUUUCUCACAGGUACCGCGAUGCAAGUACGACAGCGUGCCAACUGAGAAAGACAGACGGGAUAGUCAGCCCAUUAAUAAUUUACCUGACCUCAGUAAUGUCUUAAGACCUCAAAGCGAAAUGAACAGCCCAUGCUUUCAUCCCUACUAUGAAGACCAGUACAUCCAAAGAGUUAGCAACGAGCAGUAUGGGCCACAAGACAUUAACCAACUGGUCAGCAGCUUUCACUCGUUCAUGGCCGGUGAGCACGAUGGCUUGUGUGGCGCAGACUUUCCAAACAUCCACAGGCAGUCAGUGGGGAUGCAGCAUGAAGACAGCAUGGUUGAACAAUGGAAAAACACCAGUCCUGCCAUGCCAACACAAAGCCCUCCUGCAAUGCAGACCCAGAAACAGCUGGUGGGAGAAUUUGGGACGGCGCAGAUGGAAAGAAACGGAGAAAUGAGGAGACAAACGUUUAACCGUGAGGCCUUUCAAGAUCUAUCUGGUUUCAGCCCACAAAACACAGAGUACUUCCAGCCGCCCAAGCCGUUUUCUACAUCUCUAAACCUCCCAAAGCAGUACCAGAGCAACAUGACCAUGCACAGAGAGAACACGUCACUGCCCAUUAACAUGAGCAUGAACCAGUAUCCAAAGCAUCACUUCCAGCAGGGCCUGAUACAGAGCAAGCUCAGGCCUCAGUUGCAGAGGGAAAAGAGGAGGAUGCAUAUGUCCGGCUUUCUAGGAGAAGGCUUCUCCCCAAGACCCCUGAGCAACGCUAACAUGAGAGGGGGAGACAAGAACCAGGCCCUCUCUCAACACCCCAACUUUGACCACCUGGGGAGCAUGCAGUCUCACGGCUUUGAUGGAGAAAACAGCAUGGUCAGUGCAGGGAAUACACAGCAGCUCAUGCCGUUCAUGUAUGCGGUCAAUGACCCCAGGAGGUUCCCCAACGUCCCCAUCAGCUCCCCUAACUUCAGCUCUAGAGCCACACUGCCCUACGGGAGCUGCGUGCCCGGCAUGGACAUGGGUGACGUAAUGUCAGCCAAUGAGUCUGCAGUUUUUAACUCCUAUGUCAGUGACAUGUUGACCUGCAGAGGAGAGACCACUUAUCAUGGCAUGGCCUCGGCCGGGACAACUUCAAUGGUGAUGAAUCAAGGAGGACCUCUGAUCCAGCUUUACUUCUACCUGGACGAGUGUUAUGAGCAGUGGAGGUGCUUGGAGAGGGAGAGGAAGAGGACAGAGGUCAUCCUAACCAAGACAUUUCUCGGGAGAAGGACUGCAUCCGUGGCCAACACUAACCUGCCCAAAACUCCACCAAAUCCCACCAGAGUGGACCACCUCAUCAUCAAUCAGAUGAGAGAACAAGCAAGGGUGGCGAGCCUUCUGGACAGAAUGGAGUGUCUGUGCAACACUCCCCUCCAUACCAACAUCCACACGGCACUGAACAGGCAUCAUAUGGCGAUCAGCAUCACCCAGUCGAGGCGCAAGGAGGAGCUUGCCAGUAUGUCCAAACACCAGCGGCAGAGAGCUCAUUUCCCAGAGGACCGAGACACCCUGCUGUUGGUCAUUGCGCUGAAGGACCUCGCUGCCACCACGAGGAAGAUGCGCACGGCCCUGUGGAGUGCUCUCCAGAUGACGCUACCGACCCCUGCUAAGAGGCAGGACCCCCACGUUAACAGGGAGGCCCUAAACAGAGAGAAGGGCUCCUCUCCAUUUGAAGGAUACUCUUUUAACGUUACCAUUUAGCGGGCUAUAAGCAUUAGCUAAAGGGCUUGAAUUAAUUAGAACUACUCCAGAGCGCCCUGAUUAUAAAUUUCCCAUCAGCAGCGGGGUGAUAUAAAAAGUACUAAUGUUACCUGCAAGUGUAUAGUGACAUUUUACCUGCAACACAGCGAUCACUGCAGAAUAUGAGAUGAGCAAUUUGAAGCUUGAUGACGGCUGGAGGAGCAUCAGUGGGCUAACUUUUGUUGUGCGGGAAUUGCAUGAAAUGUAAUUCAUCCUGCUGCAUCUUAACUUAAUUUCAUUUAAUUAGUGUCAGUUUCAAAUUAGCGUGAAUGUGCUCCAUCACCGUUGUAUUUAAAGGCACUAUUUAUGAGGAAGAUUUCAGUGAAUUCUUCUGUUUUACUUAUUUAUUGGAAUGUAAAUGGAACCUCCGUUCUGGGUAUUCCCAAGCAAAGAUUGAAUCAUAAGGGCAGUAGUUUAAAACAAACAUGCUUAAUAUUAAAAAUGUUAUCUAAAAAUGUUCCAAUUCAUUUCUGCAGCUUCAGUUUUCCUUAUGUAAUCUAAACAUGCUGUAAUCAGAAAAAGAACGUAUUUAUCUGCAAUUUGGUGAAGUUUGAACC